GAUCCUUUUUGAACUAUUGUUUCACUCAAGAUUGUUUUAAGGUGUUCCUGCAGUUUGGAGGGAAGCCAAUCACAUUGCUAGGUGAGGCUGGAGAGCAGAGAGGCCGGACGAGGCUUAGCCAUUAAUUAUUUAGCCGUGAAAGGGGAGGGAAAAGCAAGUGCUGAACUCUCACAUAGGGAAAUACAAGCUCAGAGGAAAUCUUUCAGUCAUAUUAGAAUCACUCCUGAGGAUUGAGGGGGACAGGCUUCGGGACACAUUUAAACCUGAGGACUCAUUUUGUCUUUCAAUAAGUAAAUCACGUUUUUUUUCUGAAGUCACCACCUGUGUCAGGAAGUCAAGAUGUUUGCGGUCCAUUUGCUGUCCUUUUACUUCUCAAAGCUUCAGGAGGAUCAGAUCAAGAAGGUAGACCGGUAUCUGUACGCAAUGCGUUUAUCAGAUGAUCAGUUGGCGGACAUAUCAGCUCGCUUUCGGCAGGAGAUGGAGAAAGGACUGUCAAACGAGAGCAAUGCUACAGCUGCAGUCAAGAUGCUCCCGACCCACGUUUAUUCAACACCCGAUGGCUCAGAGAAGGGUGAGUUUCUGGCGCUGGAUCUGGGGGGUUCCAAAUUUAAGGUACUACAGGUGAAGGUUUCCGAAGAUGGGAAGGGGAAAGUCCAGAUGGAGAGUGAAACCUUUCCCAUCCCUGAAGAGGUCCUCAAUGGCAAAGGAUCUGAGCUUUUUGAGCAUGUGGCAGAGUCUUUGAAGUCUUUUCUCCAGAAACACCACAUUAAUCACACAAGAAAACCUCUCGGCUUCACCUUCUCUUUCCCUUGUGCGCAAUCCAAAAUAGAUGAGGGUGUCUUGUUGUCAUGGUCAAAGAAUUUCAAGGCUAGAGGUGUUCAAGGGAACAAUGUGGUGCAGUUAUUAAAGAAAGCGAUUCGAAAAGUUGGGGUUGUUGACGUAGAUGUCCUGGCUAUGGUCAAUGACACAGUGGGGGCCAUGAUGACCUGCGGAUAUGAUGACCAGAACUGUGAGGUGGGGGUUAUUAUAGGUACCGGCACUAAUGCUUGUUACAUGGAGGAGCUCAGACACAUUGAUCUGGUGGAAGGAGAUGAAGGGAGGAUGUGUAUUAAUACUGAAUGGGGGGCAUUUGGAGACGAUGGUGUGCUUGAUGAUUUCAUCACAAGCUUUGACCGUGAAAUUGAUGCCGCCUCAAUUAAUCCAGGAAAACAGCUUUUUGAAAAGAUGGUGAGUGGGAUGUACAUGGGUGAGCUCGUGAGACUCAUCCUGCUGAAGAUGGCCAAAAAGGGUCUACUCUUUCGUGGCCAAGUCUCUGAUGCUCUUCGAACCAAGGGAACUUUCCAGACCAAACAUAUCUGCUUGAUUGAACAGUAUAAAGGAGGUCUGGAGAACACCAAGGAGAUCCUGGAAGACCUGGGUCUCAAUCCUAGUGAAGAUGACUGCAUUGCUGUCCAGCAUGUCUGUACCAUCGUCUCCUUCAGGUCAGCUAAUCUGGUUGCUGCCGCUCUGGCUGCCAUUCUGACACGGAUCCGAGAAAACAAAAAGCUGAAAACCCUUCGGACCACAGUAGGAGUGGAUGGGACGGUUUACAGAACACAUCCACAGUACCCCAAGAGGCUCCACAAGGUGGUCCGCCAUCUGGUGUCAGACUGUCAUGUCCGUUUCGUGCUGUCUGAAAGUGGCAGUGCAAAAGGUGCCGCCAUGGUGACUGCAGUAGCUCAGCGGUUAGCUUCCCAAAGGAAGGAGGUCGAUGAUACUCUGGCGGCCUUCACCUUGAGCUCCACACAGCUUCAGGAAGUGAAGGCGAAGAUGCGCGUGGAGUUGGAACGAGGCUUGAGGAAAGACUCCCAUCCCACUGCCUCAGUCAAAAUGCUGCCCACGUAUGUUUACAGGACUCCAGAUGGGACAGAAAGAGGAAAGUACCUUGCCUUGGAUCUUGGUGGAACCAAUUUCCGUGUGUUGGUGGUUAAGAUUCGUACCGGUCUGCGAAAUUCAGUCAGGAUGUACAACAAGAUUUACGCCAUUCCACUGGAGAUCAUGCAAGGCACAGGAGAGGAGUUGUUUGACCACAUAGUUCAGUGCAUCUCGGAUUUCUUGGACUAUAUGGGGAUGAAGAACACUCGUUUGCCUCUCGGCUUCACCUUCUCUUUCCCAUGCAACCAGACAGGUAUUGAUAAGGGAGAUCUGGUCUGCUGGACGAAGGGCUUCAAAGCGACAGAUUGCGAGGGGUAUGAUGUUGUGGAUAUGCUGAGAGAGGCCAUCAAAAGAAGAAAUGAAUUUGACCUUGAUAUCGUUGCUAUUGUGAAUGACACAGUUGGCACAAUGAUGACAUGUGCAUACGAGGACCCUAAAUGUCAGAUUGGUCUUAUUGCUGGAACGGGAAGCAAUGUGUGUUACAUGGAGGAGAUGAAGAAUAUUGAGUUAGUGCAGGGUGAUGAAGGCCAGAUGUGUGUGAACACUGAAUGGGGAGGAUUUGGGGCAAAUGAUAAUAUUGAGGAUAUCCGGACCAGAUAUGACAGAGAAGUGGACGGAGGCUCACUCAAUCCAGGAAAACAAAGGUUUGAAAAGAUGACCAGUGGAAUGUAUUUGGGAGAGAUUGUAAGGCAGAUCCUCAUUGAUCUCACAAAGCAUGGUCUUCUGUUUCGUGGUCGCAUCACAGAGAGACUGAAGACCAAAGGCAUCUUUGAGACCAAGUUCCUCUCUCAGAUUGAGAGUGACCGUCUGGCGCUACUGCAGGUCAGGUCUAUUCUGCAGCAUCUGGGCCUGGACAGCACAUGUGAUGACAGCAUCAUUGUCAAAGAAGUGUGUGGAGCUGUUUCUCGCCGAGCAGCUCAGCUCUGUGGAGCAGGAAUGGCUGCUAUUGUAGACAAAAUCAGAGAGAACCGUGGUCUGGACCAUCUGGAGAUUACUGUGGGAGUGGACGGCACCCUUUACAAGUUACAUCCACACUUCUCCACAAUCUUAAAGGACACUGUCAGAGAACUCGCGCCCAACUGUAAGGUGGAUUUUAUCCUAUCAGAGGAUGGCAGUGGGAAAGGGGCGGCCCUGAUCACAGCGGUAGCACAGCAGCAUAAUAUAGAGAAACAAGAACCUCAAUAGAUGCUCAGACUGGGUUUCUUUGAGGGCUGAUGUGUUGUUUUAAGAGUUCAGGUUUCUGCUGUAUAAGUAAUAACAGAUUUAUCAAAUGACAACUUUCACAAAUUCUAGCUUAUUUUGCAGCUUGCAUAUCAUUUUAUUUUUUUGCAUACAAAAAUCUGAAAAUCAGGUACAUUGGCAGAAAAGUGUUCAUUUAUUACUUUUCUAUUAUUAUUCUUUUGUUUUAAAUGUAUUAAUUAGUGCAAUUGAGACUGCACUGAUGUUCAUCAUGUUUAGCAUUGGUUCACUCUCACUGUACGUUGCCACUUUGAAGGGUCUUUUUGUUCCGACUCAGUGAACGGUUUGCAUGGGCAGUCAGAGUGAAAGGCUUACAGAAGCCUAAACUAAAGGGGGCAGUGGCUGUGUGCAGUGUGGAAUGUCAUGAGAGUAUGUUGCUCUACGAUGGUGUCUGAGAAGCUUAGAGACCAAACAGCCAUAUUAAAUCAGGAACUGCUGUACUUGAAAAGCAAUUUAUUUAUUUAAAUAGUAGAGGCAGAUUAGAGUCAAAUUCAAAGCUUGUUUUCGGUAUUGUGAAAAAUGACUUAAGAUUUUAUUUGAAAUCGAAUGUGAGGAGACCACAUUUAAGAUAAUUUUAUGGUAUUUUUAUAUGUUUUUUUACAAGAUCCAGUCCACAUUCAUUGUCAUUUUAUGGAAAAGCGUGACUAGUAUACUACUGUUCAAAAUUAAUUAAUCAUUUUAUUCAGCAAGGGUGCAUUAAAUUCAUCAAGUUUCAUGGUUUCCACAAAAAUAUUAAGUACAACAACUGUUUUCAACAUUGAUAAUAAAAAAUGUUUCUUGAGCAGCAAAUCAGCAUAUUAGAAUGAUUUCUAAAAGAUCCUGUGACACUGAAUACUGCAGAAAGGAUGCUGAAAUAUCAGCUUUGCAUCACACGAAUAAAUUCCAUUUUGGAACAUAAGAAAAUAUAAAACAAUUAUUUUAAAUUGUACUAGCAUUUCACAACAUCAAUGCUUAAACUGUAUUUUUCGAUCAAAUAAAUGCAGUCUGGGUAAGCAUAAGAGACUUUUUUUUUCUAAAUCAACCCCAAACCGAAUUUUACUGUAUAUUCUUCGAAAUGUAGUGCAGUAUGCAUUUGUAUAUAAAUUAUCUUUGGCCACUUUUCAAAUGGUGAUUUAAUAGAUCCAUUAGCAUUUCCCUUUUGUGUACACUAAUUUAAGCUUCUAAAGGAUUUAACCAAGCAGUUAAACCAGGCCAGCUCCUGAUCACAAAUCCUCACGGGGCAGGAAGGGAAAGGUUUACUCAUCAUAAUCCCUCCUGCAAAUGCUAACUAGCUUCACUGCCAAACAACAGUAGCUGACGCUAGUAACCAUGCUCACCAGCACGUCACUGUUACCUGCAUGUGCUCUAGCAUUCAUGCAAACACGUUCACUUACACUUAGCUAAGGUUGGCCAAGUUAGAUAACUCAGCUAAAUUAAGUAUAACAAGAAACGCACAUCUCUCUGCUUUCAGUAAUUGUUUUCUGUGGUAUAUUGUUUACCUCUGUACAUUAAACCGAUACAAGGAAAAAAUAUUGAGCCUUGUUUGUUAUUUGUUCCAUAUCAAUAAACAUCAAAAGCACAAGUUCAGUAACA